GUCAUGUACUCACAUCGACCCACUGACCGGGAGCGCGCACCAGCCGAAGAUGUGAUUGCGGCUUCACGGAUAGCGAGAGAGGAGGAACAGGGAGAGAGAGAGUGAGAGAUACCUGUACCGCAUUACACGAAAUAACGACCACAAGCACACACUUUCACACAUGCUACUGCAGAGCUGACACACACAGCGGAGAAAAGAGAGGGAACAGCGAAAUAUCUGCGGUCACGCCACAGGCACUCAGGUCCGAGCCGUAUCAGGAGCCAACCAGGAGUUGUGACAGGAGAGGAGAGCCAAUCAGAGGAGAGAGAUGUUGGUGCAGGGCGGGCCUUGGGUCCUGUCUGUCAUGUUGUUGCUCCUGCUGCUAUGGCAAGAAGUGUCUGCUAUUGAGGUUCCUCUUGAUCAAAAGAUCCAGCAGGAUUUGAAGCAGCCUCCCACCAUAAUGAAACAGUCAUUGAAGGACUACAUUGUUGAUCCCAGAGAUAACAUCAUCAUUGAAUGUGAGGCCAAGGGGAACCCUGUGCCAACGUUCUCAUGGCGACGGAACGGGAAGUUCUUCAACGUGGGGAAGGAUCCACGGGUGACGAUGCGGAAGCGCUCGGGAACGCUGGAGAUUAGCUUCCGGAGCGGAGGGAGGCCAGAGGACUAUGAAGGGGAAUACCAGUGUUUCGCCUCUAAUGACUUUGGAACGGCGCUGACCAACAAGAUCCUACUACGAGUGUCCAAGUCCCCUCUGUGGCCCAAGGAGGUGUUGGAGCCAGUAGUAGUGGGUGAGGGUUCUUCCCUGGUCUUGGCCUGUAACCCUCCUCCAGGCCUGCCCCCUCCACACACCUUCUGGAUGAACAGCGCCAUGAUGUCUAUAACCCAAGAUAGGCGUGUGUCCAUGGGUCUGAAUGGAGAUCUGUAUUUCUCUAAUGUUCUGGCUAAAGACUCGCACACAGACUACAGCUGCAACGCCCGCUUCCUCUUCACACACACCAUCCAGCAGAAGAACCCCUUCACACUCAAAGUGCAGACCAGUCGUAAGGUAGCAGAGACUCCCCCUAACUUCCUCUCCCCCACGGGGACUGACAGCUCAAGGAUGAUGGUGCUGAGAGGACAAAAACUACAACUGGAGUGUAUCGCUGCCGGAGUUCCCACCCCCAGUAUAAAGUGGUUUAAGAAGGGAGGAGAUCUGAACCAGAAGGUGAAGCUAGACAACUUCAAUAAGACUCUGCGUAUCGACAGCGUGUCAGAGGAGGACGCAGGGGAGUACAUGUGUAUGGCCAACAAUCAGAUAGGAAGCAUCCGACACUCCAUCUUCGUCCAGGUUAAAGCGGCUCCCUAUUGGCUGGACAAGCCGUUCAACCUGGUGUUAGCACCGGAUGAGAGCAGUCGUCUGGUGUGUCGGGCCAAUGGGAACCCCAAACCACUCAUCAAGUGGCUGGUCAACGGAGAGCCUAUCGAGAGAAAUAGCUCCCUGCCCAACCCCAGAAGAUCGGUGGUAGGUGACACCAUCAUCUUUCACUCUGUUCAGAUCGGCAGCAGCGCUGUGUACCAAUGUAACGCCUCCAAUCACCAUGGUUACCUGCUGGCCAACGCUUUCGUCAGCAUAUUGGACAUGGCUCCCAGGAUGCUUGGUGCUAAGAACCAGCUAAUAAAGGUGAUAGAGAACAACAGAACCUUCCUGGACUGUCCCUUCUUUGGCUCGCCACUUCCUGAGCUACGUUGGUUUAAGAAUGGUCAGGGCAGUGGUCUGGACGGUGGUCAAUACCGGGUCUACAUCAACGGGAGCCUAGAGAUCAAGCGUGCGCGGGUUGAGGACCAGGGUACAUACACCUGUGUGGCCAGAAACAUCCUGGGCAAGGAGGAGAACCAGGUCCGACUGGAGGUCAAAGAGCCGACCCGUAUCGUCAGGGCUCCAGAGCACCAGUCAGCAUUUAGAGGCACCAUGGCUCGUUUUGACUGCCGGGUCAAAUCAGACCUCACCCUGCCCAUCACUGUUACCUGGCUGAAGGAUGACAAGCCUCUCUCUCUGGGAUGGAGGUUAAAGAAGGAUGAGGAUUCCCUGUCCAUCCCUAAUGUCCACGAGCAGGAUGAGGGAACAUACACCUGUACUGUUAAAUCAGAGAUCGAUCAAGAUACUGCCUCAGCACGCCUUACUGUGUUAGAGGGCACCUCCCUGUAUCCCUCACAGUCUAGUGCCUUGCCUGCAGCUCCUGAUGCUAUCCCUAGUGGCCUGAAAGGCUGGGGCACCAAGAACACAAACAUGGAGAUCAGCUGGGAGCCCUUGUUGGACACAGAGCAAAACGGCCCUAACCUGCACUACUCGGUGUGGUGGAGGCGUAAGGAUACGGGGGAGGAAUGGAACAACGUGACUACGGUGGGGGCGAAGCACAUUGUCCACGACACAGAGACCUACGUUCCCUAUGAGAUCAAACUGCAGGCCAGGAAUGACUUCGGACCAGGACCUGAGUCCAACAUCAUCAUAGGAUAUUCUGGGGAGGACAAGCCUACAGCCCCUCCUACAGACCUGCAUGUGUCAAAGAUUGACAGCACCAAGGUCAACGUCCACUGGACCCCAGUAGACCCCAACACUGUCCUGGGAGAGUUCAAGGAGUACAGGCUGUACUACUGGCGUGAGGGCAGCAUGGUGAAGGGUCUGCAUGUGAAUAAAGAGAAGAAGACUAAAGGGUUCUACAGUACCGUGGCCCAGCCUACUGGCAUAUUGACAGACCUACAGCCAUACAGCCACUACCGCAUGUUUAUGGUGGUCGCCAACAGUCGUUACGAUGGGCCGCCUAGCAACCAUGUGGAUUUCCAUACCAAGGAAGGAGUGCCAGAUCUUCCUCAGUUCUUUAAGAUCGUCCAGUGGAGUCCAGAGUCUAUCCACCUGGAGUGGGACAAACCCCUGGAGCCUAACGGCAUUCUGAUUGGAUACACACUCAACUAUCAAGCAGUGAAUGGGUCGCGUGUGGGCCACAUGCAGAUGGAGAGUUUCCUACCUAACGUGACAGCCUACAGACUCCGCUUGCCAGACCAAGCUAGCCGCUACAGGUUCUACCUGGCGGCCCACACACAGGUGGGAGCAGGGAAGGUCUACGCUGGGGAGUCUCCACAUUUCACCAAUGAUGAAUACUUUAUCAGCUCAGUCGAGCCUACAGACGUCUCCAUGUCUACAACUGUCCCACCUCCUCCUCCUCCUCCCACUACUACCGCUGCUACUACAACCAUUAGUACUACUACCACUACUACUACUACUACUACUACUACUCCUACUACUACCACAACUGUUACUGCUUCUACUACCACUACCACUCCUGUGUUGGUCACCAGCACCAAGCAAGCAGAUACAAAUGUGUUGGGCAUGGCUCCUGGGAGGGUGAUCUGGAACCUGACGGUGAAGCCUAACAGUAACUACGCUAACGUCAGCUGGAACCACAACUUCCCGAUCGGCAGCAGCGAGUUCCAGCUAGAGUUCACACUGGACGGCAAUGGCAGUGUGUCAAGCGUACCAGUGAACCAGCCGCCCAUUAAGCUGGCGGGGCUGAUCGAAGGGGCCAAGUACCGCCUGAGGGUGUACUCCAACGAAUACCACAGCAUCUCCAGCAAUGUUGUCACCUUUGAGACCAGCGCAGCCUACAUUAAAGACCAGGUGGACAUUGCUACCCAGGGCUGGUUUAUCGGGCUGAUGUGUGCCAUCGCUCUCAUCAUCCUCAUCCUCCUCAUCGUCUGCUUCAUCAAGAGGAGUCGUGGAGGCAAAUAUCCAGUACGAGAUAAAAAAGAUCUCCCUCUGGAGGGAAUGGAUCAGAAGGGAGAGGAUGGAUCAUUUGACUACCAGAAUGAAAAUGAGAACGAAAAGGAGAACAGCAGCGACGAGGACAACAAGCCUCUGCAGGGCAGCCAGAACUCUCUGGAUGGCGGUGUGAAGGAGAGUGACGACAGCCUGGUGGACUAUGGCGAGGGAGGGGAUGGCCAGUUCAACGAGGACGGCUCCUUCAUCGGCCAGUACACUGUCAAAAAGGACAAGGACGAGACGGAAGGCAACGAGAGUUCCGAGGCCACCUCACCCGUCAACGCCAUCUACUCGCUGGCAUAGUCCCCCUGCCCGGCCUGGCCUGGGGAUCUGAGGAACUCCCCCUGGCGGUUGGAGGGUGAUAUUACCACCACUACUACUACUACCACACACACACACACACACACAUACGCGAACACACACACAUAUGAAUAUAAGUGUAUUAAUAUAUAAAACACAUAUACACAUGUAAACACACGCAGCACCUGCCUGGAGACUGUUUGACCUCUUAAAGCGGAGGGAGAAACCAUUCCUCUGAGAAUUAAGGGGGUGUGAAUGGAAUGGAGUUGAAGUUACUGUGAGCCAAGCCCUGACGUUCGGCUAUUGACGUUCUAUAGGUGCCAAGGUGAAGUUUGGUAAUCUUCAACAGUAGCAGUCUCUCUAUGCUCCUCCUUCUGCCCCUCACACAGACUGAGUGUGCCUAACGGGCAAGCUUCAGUUGUAGAGGACUAGGAGGAAACGCCGAGGUUUUCAACCAGUUUGUGUGGCUCUAGAGCUUUCUUUGUUUUCAACGUACUCAGCUUUCCCCCCCAAACCCCUCUCUUUUCUCCCCACACACAUCCUCACGCCCCCCUGUGUCUUUACCGAGCGUCCCCAGAGAAAGAGACACAGACACUCGUCCUGUGAGCAUAUCAGCAAAGGACCACCAAUAUAGCAGGAUGUUGGCAGAUAUGUUUAUCACAUUGAUAUUUCCACAGAGAGAGAUGGUUUUUUGUUCUCAAUUGAUACAGCAGAUGAGUCAUUUGAAUAUAUGAAUGCUGUAAACAGUGCUAGCUCACCUUCUAGUUCACUGCAAAACUAUGCAUUACCAACAUCUCAUGUUUUUGGGUAAAGUCUGGUUAUGAAUUAAAUUGUUUAUUUUUCAGUGUUGACUCACAGGUUUAAAGAAGAAUAACCUGCUUAAUGAAAUUCUAUCGUUCCCUUGCCUUCCCGCUGUCGUAAAUGUACCUAUGAUUCACCUCCAAACUCAAGUCGUGUUGAGAUAUUAAAAAUGGCCACAGUUAUAGCAAUGCUA